CGGGCCUGAGGGAGCGCGGGCAGCCUCGGCGGGCCGAGGUCGCGGGGCGCUCGGCGGGCACCAGCCAUGGGGUGUAGUGAGGUGAGGGCGCUGCUCUGGAGAGUCGGCCUCCUCCUCCCCCUGCUGACAGCGCGCCCCGCCGCCGCCGGGCACGUCGCCAGCAACCACGUUGUGUUACUUGAUACUACAACUGCCCUCGGAGAGCUAGGAUGGAAAACAUUUCCCUUAAAUGGGUGGGAUGCCAUAACUGAAAUGGAUGAACACAACCGUCCCAUCCACACUUACCAGGUGUGCAACGUGAUGGAACCCAACCAGAACAACUGGCUGCAAACCAACUGGGUCUCCCGCGACGCCGCGCAGAAAAUCUACGUGGAGAUGAAGUUCACCCUGAGGGACUGCAACAGCAUUCCCUGGGUGCUGGGGACCUGCAAGGAAACGUUCAAUCUCUACUACAUGGAGUCAGAUGAGCCUCAUGGAGUAAAAUUCAAGCCAAACCAGUACACCAAAAUUGAUACCAUAGCUGCUGACGAGAGCUUUACCCAGAUGGACUUGGGCGACCGCAUCCUCAAGCUCAACACGGAAGUUCGUGAAGUUGGGCCCAUCAACAAGAAGGGAUUUUAUCUUGCUUUCCAGGACAUUGGAGCAUGCAUUGCUUUGGUGUCAGUCCGUGUCUAUUACAAGAAAUGCCCAUUCACGGUCCGUAAUUUGGCCAUGUUUCCUGACACCAUUCCAAGGGUGGAUUCUUCCUCGCUGGUGGAAGUACGGGGCUCCUGCGUGAAGAGCGCUGAGGAACGUGACACCCCAAAAUUGUAUUGUGGGGCAGAUGGGGAUUGGCUGGUGCCUCUGGGACGAUGCAUCUGCAGUGUGGGAUAUGAAGAGUUGGAGGGCUCCUGUCAUGCUUGCAGGCCUGGAUUCUAUAAAGCAUUUGCUGGAAAUGUGAAGUGCUCCAAGUGCCCUCCACACAGUUUGACUCACAUAGAAGCAACUUCUGUGUGCCAGUGUGAGAAAGGAUAUUUCAGAGCUGAGAAGGACCCACCCACUAUGGCAUGUACCCGGCCACCCUCCGCUCCGAGGAAUGUGGUUUUUAACAUCAACGAGACAGCUCUGAUGCUGGAGUGGAGCCCCCCGAGCGACACGGGCGGCAGGAAGGAUCUCACCUACAGCGUGGUCUGUAAGAAGUGCGGCUCGGACGCCAGCCAGUGUGAGAUCUGCGGCGGCGGCAUCCGCUUCAUCCCCCGGCACACGGGGCUCACCAACUCCUCCGUCACCGUGCUCGACUUCGUGUCCCACGUCAACUACACCUUCGAGAUCGAGGCCACCAACGGCGUCUCGGAGCUCAGCUUCUCCCCCAAGCAGUUCACGGCCAUCACGGUCACCACGGACCAAGAUGCACCCACCUUGAUAGGUAUGGUAAGGAAGGACUGGGCUUCCCAAAACAGCAUUGCCCUCUCCUGGCAAGAGCCGGACUUUCCCCAUGGAGCAAUUCUGGACUACGAGAUCAAGUACUAUGAGAAAGUCUACCCACGGAUAGCGCCGGCAUUUUGGCACUACCUGCGGGUAGAAGAGCAUGAGCAGCUCAGCUAUUCCUCCACAAGGUCCAAGGCUCCAAGUGUUAUCAUCACAGGUCUCAAACCAGCCACCAAGUAUAUAUUUCAUAUCAGAGUCAGGACGGCAGCAGGAUACAGCGGCUAUAGCCAGAAGUUUGAAUUUGAAACUGGAGAUGAAACUUCUGAUAUGGCGGCAGAGCAAGGACAGAUUCUUGUAAUUGCCACUGCUGCUGUGGGUGGAUUCACUCUGCUGGUCAUCCUCACUUUGUUCUUCCUCAUCACUGGCAGGUGCCAGUGGUACAUAAAGGCCAAAAUGAAAUCUGAGGAGAAAAGAAGGGCUCAUUUGCAAAAUGGACACUUACAUUUCCCAGGACUCAAAACAUACAUAGACCCAGACACAUAUGAAGAUCCAUCUCUUGCUGUCCAUGAGUUUGCCAAGGAGAUUGAUCCUUCAAGAAUUCGUAUUGAAAGAGUCAUUGGGGCAGGGGAGUUUGGAGAAGUCUGCAGUGGACGUCUGAAGACACCAGGAAAAAGAGAGAUCCCUGUUGCCAUAAAAACUCUAAAGGGUGGCUAUAUGGACAGGCAGAGGAGAGAUUUCCUGAGGGAGGCGAGUAUUAUGGGACAGUUUGAUCACCCAAAUAUCAUUCGCCUUGAAGGAGUUGUUACAAAAAGAUCCUUUCCGACCAUUGGGGUGAAGUCUCUUUCGAGAUUCCUGAGGGCGGGAUUUUUAAAUAGCAUCCUGGCCUCUCAUCCAGUGGCAGGGGGUGGAUCUUUACCCCCCAGCAUUUCCUCUGGCAGACCAGUAAUGAUUGUAGUUGAAUACAUGGAGAACGGAUCCCUUGACUCCUUCCUGCGGAAGCACGACGGGCACUUCACGGUGAUCCAGCUGGUGGGAAUGCUGCGGGGCAUUGCCUCUGGCAUGAAGUACCUGUCUGACAUGGGCUACGUGCACCGGGACCUGGCGGCACGCAACAUCCUGGUCAACAGCAACCUCAUGUGCAAGGUCUCGGAUUUUGGCCUCUCAAGGGUGCUGGAGGAUGACCCCGAAGCUGCCUACACCACAAGUGGUGGGAAGAUCCCCAUCAGGUGGACAGCUCCCGAAGCCAUCGCUUACCGCAAGUUCUCCUCAGCCAGCGACGCCUGGAGCUACGGAAUUGUCAUGUGGGAGGUGAUGUCCUACGGAGAGAGGCCCUACUGGGAGAUGUCCAACCAGGAUGUUAUACUGUCCAUUGAAGAGGGCUACAGGCUUCCAGCUCCCAUGGGCUGCCCAGCUUCUCUUCACCAGCUCAUGCUUCACUGCUGGCAGAAGGAGAGGAACCACCGUCCCAAAUUCAGUGACAUUGUCAGCUUCCUGGACAAGCUGAUCCGCAACCCCAGCACCCUUCACACCCUCGUGGAGGAUGUACUUGUAAUGCCAGAUUCACCUGGUGAAGUUCCAGAAUAUCCUUUGUUUGUUUCAGUCAGUGACUGGCUGGAUUCCAUAAAAAUGGGUCAGUAUAAAAAUAACUUCAUGGCAGCAGGUUUCACAACUUUGGACAUGGUUUCAAGAAUGAAUAUUGAUGACAUUAGAAGAAUUGGAGUUGCACUCAUUGGACACCAGAGACGAAUAGUCAGCAGUUUACAGACUUUGCGGUUGCACAUGAUGCACAUACAGGAGAAAGGAUUUCAUGUAUGAAAGUAAUAGAAGCAACUGUGUUUUGUGCCUCAGCAUUUCUAAAAUGGAAAAAUAUUCUCAUUCUUCCCUCCUGCUCUUCCCAACUUCAAGAACUGCAGUCUCCAGUUCAGACUAUACAAGUACUUCUAUGUUAAUGCUUCCAAACCGGAAUUUUUAAUCACACUGCACAGCUCCUCCACCAGUUCUCUGCCGAUAAAAUCCUGGCCUACUGCAAGACUCUUGCUACACAUUGAUGAAUAACUCAGCAUGGAUGUGUAACUUUGUAUAACAGUAUUUGGGAAACUUUCAUGGACUUACUUGAAAGUAGUAAUCUAUUUGGCCUGGUGUGGCUUCUUUAUCGAUGUAUUUAGAAUUUGCUGGUAGAUCAAAAAGUAUUUGACUUCUUUCAUGUUCUGUGACCAUGUAACUUCCAACACCAAAUGUGCAAUCAAAAAGAAGUUUAACAUAAAUAUUUAUUUUAUCUCUUAAUUAAAUCCAAAAGUAUGUGUCCUAUCAUUACAUUACUUUCUAAUAGUUUGAAUGCUGGUAAGCUGGUGCCUCAAAACAUUAGUAUUGUUUGCAGAAAUGACUGAUGAUUUUAUGUAGUGAGUUUUCAUUGUGUGAAUAAUUGGAAGCAUAGUGAGAGUAAUCUGUUUGAAAUCUUAAGGAAGGUUCUUGAUUUUCAAUUACUUUAGCACUCGACACUUUUUAUGCUUUAAAUUUUAGAUGAGGUUGGAAAAAUUGUUUAUGCUUGGGAUUCCUCAUCACCCUAUAUCCCUUUUUUUUUUUUAAUGUAAUACUCAGCAUUUGCUUCUACUAUUGGAAAACUGGUUAUAGUGUUUCCAUGACCACAUGCAAAACACGGUUGUCAGCUCUGUUGUAGACACACAGAUUUCAGAAGAGCUUUCUGUUUCAAACAUGCAGGUCUCUGCUGUUGGAUAGGCAAUCAUCUCCAGCAGCAGCAGAGCUCAGAGGCCAGCCAUGGGUGGGGUGAUGGGAUCAUUCCUGUGGGAACAGGCCAGCCAUAUCCUCUUCCAGCCAAGGACAGCGGUACAGCUGCACUGCUGCUGGAAGUUACAGGCUGCAGGAUGCAGUGACCUUGCACAAAGGCAGAAAAGGAGAUGCAGGACAGCAGUGUGGUAACAUGUUGCCUUGAGCCUACUUCUAACUGCUUUUAGAAGUUAAAAAAGCAAACUCUGCUGAAAUGGAGCUCUGGUCAUUGCAGGCCAGAUCUUCAUUUAGUACAGAUCUCUAAAGGACGUCCGAGGUAUUACCUUUAGAACCCUUCAAUAGCCAUAUUUACAUGCAAGAAAACGUCAGCAAAGGCCUAACAUAAUAUUUGUACCUCUCUAAGACUUCCAGCUUCCAUGUUUUGUUCAGACAACAGACACAGACUGUGCUGGGCUACAUUUCCAAACUUUUGCAUGGGAUAUGCACUCCUGGGAGCAGGGCAGGACCGCAUGGCCGUGCUGUGGGAACCCCACGCAGAUCUGCAAUGCAUGUCACAUGUAACCCUGUGCAGAUGCUUCUCUUCAUUCCUGUGUCCUUUGGAGGGUAGUUUUGAGUUCGUGGCAUUCCAAUGUACUCAAGCAUUGCAGCUCUUCUGUUAAAACGUGCGUUUGGGUAAUUAGUAUAAUCUAUGUGUAUAUCAAAAGGAACUAACUACUUUGUGUAAUCAUAAUGGUAUUUACUGCUUCAUUUACAGCUUGUAAAUCACAAGGUAUUUCCUAAGUCUUGGAAAAAGCUGCCAUUGUAUAUCAGUGACAAAGAAUGAAAAUCAGAAAGCAACUCAGAAAAAUUAUGCUUCCAACCAGAUCACAGAGUAAGACACACGAGGCCUGAUUCCCUGUUGUCAAUUUAUGUUUUAAUAAUUGCAUUAAUUUAGGUGAGGUAGCAGUAAUGCACUAAGUAAAUUUUUCUUUCUUUCUUUCAUUAAAAAAAGGACAGCUGUAACUGAGGAAAGAGUUUUCUGAAGACCAGGAGUCACUGGUGUUCUACAAUGCCAAUUUGAUGACAUUGUUUAAAGAAGGGCAGCUUCAAUCCUAUUGUAGCUCCAAAGGUAAUUUUGUCAGCAGGAGUAUUCCCACUGAAGUCAUCAGUCCAGCACAAGCAUGUGAGUUUUGCAGGAUCACAGCCCUUCAGUGGGGAAAAAACCAUUUGUUCUUUUCUGUGACUGUCACUUGAAAAAUUCUGCCUGAAUUCCACAUCUGAAUCAUUUUUUGGUAGAGGUGCUCUUAAAGAAAGAAAACCAUAUUUACCUGAAACCUUUUGAAAAAUACUGACACACCACAGAGUAAUUUAAAAGUGGAUUUUGCUUCAUCAUUUUAUCAUCCAUUUUGUCUUUCAUUGCUUCCAUGGCCAACAAUGGGACAUCUGUGGAAUGAGCCUUUCUCACAAUUAAAUCCAUUACUGAGGAGGUAUGAGUCUGAUAUUUGUUAAUGAAGUUUCAGAAUCAUUCAUAGCUGACCCAAACCAUGUAUGUGCACUUUUAGAUUGUCUUUUGCCAACUUUUUAAUUCCUGGUAGUGAGGAUGCAGAAUUGACAUACUUACAUGCACACAACCUGGAUAUAGUUAACGAAAAUUAAUUUCUAAAUUUAUCACACUACUGAAAAUAUAUUUCAAUAGAAAAAAGGUAUAACAAAAGGAAAACAUUUAUUAAUCAGAUAUAUUUUUUAUAUAAACAAGAGUUUGGGUAACCAGAAAGGAAAGAACAAGGGAUUCUUUGAGUGAGCACAUUUGUUAAUAACUUUGUAAAUCCAGGAUUUUGUGGCUUUAUACAGCUUGUUUUUCUGUUGUUGCUGUUGUGGUGCAAUAUGACACUUUUUAAUAGUUAUCUUGAUGAAAUUUACAUUUUCCCCAUUUUUGGAAAUGUUUUAUUUGCUCUUGUGCUGAUUUCUAGUUUAUUCUUCCUUUACUUUAGGGAUUUUUUCAUAUUUCUUUUAUUUAAAAACAAAACAAAAAACAACCCUAAUAGGUGUUAUUUUUUAAACAUGAGCUUAGUUCUGUACAGGCCACAAAUGUAUAUAUAUGUGAAAUUAGAGUAACUUCUUUUGUUAUAGGAAAUUCUUUCUUCAGGAGCAAAUUAACUCUAAUUAUCCUCCAUACUGCAGUGUGCAGCUGGAGUUUAAAUUUGAUAAAUUAAAGCAAAUUUAAUAGGCUGGUUUUGAGAAUCUGGCCCACAUUACAGAGUGCUUUAUGACUAAAAGUACCCAUUGAAAGUUCACAAAAUAAAGUGUCCGAUAUGCAAGCAACAAAAAAAAGGUUCUAUAAUGUGGAUGUGUAUAAAGAAAUAAUUCUUACCUUUUUCUCUGCAUUCAGUGAAAGCUCAUCCAUUCAGAUAUCUGUGCUUGGUCAGAUGAAUUUCAUGCCUUAAUUGUGUCCAGUGGUUUUGCUGAACCUGUGAAACAGAGAGGGGUCUUCUUCAUGAUGUUCUUGGUGUUAAAACUGAACAAGGCACAGUGGAAGGUUUAGUAGAAUUUACUCAUGAGGUGUUUGCACAUUGGAAUUACUGAGAAACAAUGGGAAGCCAUAAGGCAAAAGGAAGAGAAUUGAAAUGUGUCAUUUGAAUUUUUCUCGAACAAAAUUUACCCUUUUUGAUUCCUGUGAACUUAAAUCCAAAUCUAUCCAAUGAAAGUUUAGAAACAUGCCAUGCUUUAUGACAUCAGACAGCAUAAAGCAGUCCUUUACUUGCAAAUAUUGCACUCAACAAUAAAGUAAAUUAGUUAGUAAAUGAGUCAAAUAAAUUCUGUGUCCAAUAUUCUGUUAGGUAUUACUUGGAUUAUUCUGACACAGAACUCAUAGACUGCAGUACUUUGAUUUUUACAUCACUUAAGACUGACAAUCCAUUUGCCAUUUUUAAUAUGAGCCUAACACAAGGCUUCAUUAAUUUCUUUCUCGAUGCAGAUUCCUACAGGAUUUAAAGAUGGGUCAUAAGUAACAAACAGACCCCCUUUAUCCAGAAUCAGCUGAGAUUUACCAUGAGGAAUAGCUGGGACUGUGGAGGUGCCUAGUGAGACUGCAUUACCCGCAGCAAUUUCCGUGUCAGGAUGACCCCAUGGGACCACAUCAGUCACCAAGGUAAAGCAGCACAGAACAUUCUUGACCUUAUACUGAAGAGCAGUUCCUCAUUUCCAGCUGGCCCUGUUGUGAACUGCAGUUAUUGAACUGUUUUACCUCAGCUGAUGGAAUGGUUCUGUGGGACACAUUCUGGCAGCUCAGAAUUCUUUUACAAACACAGGGCACCUGUAACUACCCUGUCAUGGGAUCACUCUGUCUUGGAAUAUUCCUUCAAAGCAUGAAAAGCAGGACUUGCCUCUAAUCCAGUCCAACAUUUUUUCAGUUAAAAUCAUAAUAAAAAGUCUGUCUUCCAUUGCAUCUUCCAGGAAAAGUACUAAAAAUAGAGACACUUGUGGCAUUUGCACAUGGUUGAAGAGCUCUGUAUUCCAUUAAACAGUUUUCUUCCAGAACACCCUGUUCACCAAUUGUAAUGAAUCUUUCCUGAAUAAAUGGCAAAGAUAAUUUCUUUUUUAUAAUAGUACUAUAAUUAUUUUUUGAGAGCGAGGGAAAGAUGUGUUGGGCUGGGCUAACUCUUAGCAGAACAACAAUCUUGGAAUCUCCUGGGGAGACAAAUGAAUCAGAUCUGAAAAGGAAAAAAAAAAAAGCUCCCUAAAACCUACAAUAAGGUAAAAAAGGCAGAACUGUCCAUACUAUGCCAAGGAGCUCUAACAAAAACCCCAGAGUUGCAUAAUACAGUGCCAAGUACUUACAGCUGGCAAGAUUUUCCACCAUCACAUCCUAUAUUUAGUAGUGCACACUGCCCAUCCAUGAGUAUUGUAUGUAAUUCCUCAGAUCAUGGACCAGGAUAUGGUGAACAUGUUGUGGUUAUAAAAUAUUUGUCUAUAUGUACAUAAAGAAUUGUAAAUAGAAUGUAUAUCAUAAUACCAGAUUUUUCAAACCUACAGAAUUAAUAACCUAUUAAUAACAACACUAAUGGGGUUUAUUUGCUUUGAAAAAUUUUCGUGGCAUGCACUGUGCAUGUGUAGUUCUUCCCAAAAUUCCUUGGCUUGUUAGCUGGAAAUGGACAGCCUCUCUUUUCCUCCACUGGUAGAAAAAGCAUUUUCAAACUGGCUCAGAGAAAGCUGCCUGCUCACCCUUCUGCUGCCACCUCAGCCAACCCCUUCCUGCUGAUUCUCUUCCACUCAGCUAAUUACUGUAGAAAUUAGUGAUCCCAAAGAGCAAACAAGGUGCCCAACAGAACUAGCAAGAUGGAGUCCAUGCUAUAAAGAGUUUUCAGUUCCUCUGCUGAAAUCACCAAAGAUGUUUACAGAGUAUAUAAAUUAUUUUCUUUUAAAUGACAUUUAUGGACACCUAGGAGGUUAAAAUUAGGGAAAUUUUCAAGGGCAUAUGAGUAGGGAUAUGCCAACAUAUAGCAUAAAAAGAUACACUAACUUCUAGAAGGGAAAAACAACAAUGGUUGAUGAAAAAUCUAAGGUUAAAAAUGGAUUAAAGUAUAUUUCAUAUUUUAUAUGUGAAAUAAGGUAACACCAGUUCAGUGGAAUCUAUUUGUGUGCAUAUUUCUUUAAAUAUCUGGCAUGAGUAUAUCUUACUUUCCUUUCCUGCAAGAGAUUUCUCAAGUACCUAUCUCUUCCAGAAAGGUUUAGCAUAUUAUCUGAUCUUUUCAUACCAGAAUAAUUAAACUGGAAUAAAAAAUGCAAGUUCUGACAGUGAAGAUAUGGGGAGAACAAUAGAAUUAAAAAGAUCAGUCUCAAAAGUAAUUUAAAGCUUUCACAUCUGUUCUACUUUGUUCCUGUCCAAAAUUUGUACCUGUAUCUAUCUGAGAACUUUGACUCCUUCUGCACACAUCUCAGUGCCACCUCAGAAACUCUUGAAUCUAUAAACAGUUCUGAGUUUGUGCAGCUUAAUUCAUAUAAAAAGGCUGAUUUGAAAUGGGACUUUAUACAAGGCUAGAGUUAGGCACAAUCAAAAAUCAAAAUCCCUAUAAAAUAUCUGUAAGACACCAUGAGAUAAGAUGUUUUGCCUUAUUAUACUAACACUUCUUCAUUUCUGACAAUUCAGUGAAGAACUGGUCAGCAGCAGCAUGUGUUGAGUGGUAGGUAAGCCAAAACCCUGAGACUGAAAAUCCACAAAUCAAAGAGAAAUCCAGGUCCCUGCAUUCUGAACUGUGGGAUGUCAAGGGACCCCAGAGAAAGUAACCUUGAAUCUAGAAUCUGGAAAAUCAGGUUUGGGAGAAAUUUGCUUUGGAACCUAAAUACUCCUUUCUGGUUGUGGAUGAUGGAAAAGUGCCCAGUGAAACAGUCUAGGGACUGUUUGCAUAAUAUCAUCACCACAUAAUGUUCUGAGUGAUAAAAAGGAAAAAAAAAUCUAUUUUCUAACCUUUCAGGUUCUAGCCCAGGACAAAAAAAAACCACAGGUACAGUUGUCAUAAUUGAUAUUGGAAAGUCCAGCAGACAGAAUUCUGAAUGACUAAUUGUUCUUAUAGCUACAUACUGACUUUCUUGAGAGGAGCCUAAAUAAAUGUUAAAACAUAGAAACAUCCAGUUAAUAUUGGUUUAGAAACUGAGUUUUCAGUUUUCUCUCAUUCAGACUGGUUUUUAACUGAAAAUUAUGAAUAGGAAAAAUGAAAAGCAAAAUAGGAUUAUUAUUUUUUUCCUGUAAGAAGCCGGGUGCUCUGAGCUGUAUAACUUACUAUUGCAGUCCCUUUGUGUAAAAUAGGAUUAGCUGAAAAAGACAAAGUGCAGCCAAUGUUCCAAAUCUGUAGAUUAUUUGUCACUAAUUGUCAAUUUGGGAAGUUCCAUUUUUGUCUUGGGGGAGUUCUGCUCUACCACACCCGGUAUUUCCAAAUCCUGCUGAAUGAUUUUAAUGAACAUCUCGAUUAAUUCCUGGGAGAGCGAUGUGACUGUGAGGAAUUAAAACUUUCUGUGUUAAUAGGCAAUAGUGUUGCUGUGAUCUAAAAUAAUGAGUUUGUUACUGACUUCCAUGGCAGUAGGAAAAGCCCAAUGUCCGUAUUUUCUGUAGGUAGGCUCCAGCUUUGCAAACAGACUCUCCUUUCCUGCACCCCACUAUUGUCAUGGUUAACUUCUUGUCAGAGAACCAGCAUUUUUUGGGACACAAGCUGUCUUGUUGUUCAAACAGAUUGCUAAAAGCUUUUUCUGGUUUUAAUUGUUCUGUUGAAGCAUUUAAGGUCGAGAUGUAGGUUGGUCCCUCAGGGCAUGAUCCAAAGUCAGCUGUAUCCAUAGGAAAAGGUCAAGUGAGUGAAACAGGUUUUGAAUCAAAGGUUUCUACAGAUUUUCCUGGAACAGAUGGCCUCAUUUAAUGGGGAGAAGAGAGUCCACUGAGCCUAAAAGACAAGUCUGCUACCUCAGGGAUGUGAUCAAGUAAGCUGUGGCUACCUUCAACAUGGAAAAGGUAAAAUGCAAGGUACAAAAGUUGGGUGCUGCAGUGUUUGCUGUUUUCUCUGGCAUGGAUGGUCAACUCUGACUUUGGAAUUAGUUACCUAAAUGACCUACACAUCUAAUAAGGCAUCUAGCAAAAAUUGUCUGGCUUUGUGGGGCUUUUUUCCCCAGAUAAUUUCCCAAACUUCUGGAUUUAAAUUCAGGAGGAAACCACCAGCCCCAUCAAACAAACAGGACUUCCAAAACAAAUAGGACUUUUCCAUCUUUCUUCUUUCCUAAACAUAAAUCAGGAUGCAAUAUGAUCUCCCUUUCAUAAUACAAGUUCUGACUGAUGAUUUGCCUCUUUGAACAAGCUGCUUCAUACUCCUGGUGCACUGCAGUCUAAGUUUUCCAUUUUGCCAGUUAAUGAAUGGCACAAUAGCAAAUAAAAUAACAAAUGCCAUCUUAGUGGUUCCAUUUAUUGGAUUAUUUCAUUAAUUCUCUAUCUGAAGAAAACCAUCCCACUCCAAGGUUCCUAAUAAGGGAACCUGUGAGCAUUUUACAGCUUAAUGGCCAUGAUUCCCUAUCUGCUUCUCCCCGAGAAACACUGAGCUUUUGAAUUGGCAACGUAGUUUUUUUCUACCAUUUCUUCUGCAGCAAUUUCUUCUCCCAACUCUUCUAAGUAAGGUUGAGGUCUAUUUCACACUACAAGUGGGAAAAGUUGUUUCUUUGUUAACUCUGGGAUACAGUGUUUGUUGCUCUACCCAGAGCCUUCCAUCUGCUUGAGGCCAAUAUCAACAUUCUCUGGUGCUAUCAGUUACAUCACACACAGCGCUGCCGUGACUGAAAACCCAGAGGCACAAAAAGGGCUCGUUCUUCUCUGGUGUGGCAUAAAUCCUACUGACUUCGGGAACUUCUCUGCACUUCUCAGGAUUGCACCUGCAGUUUAGCAAGAGAAAAAAAAAUCUUUAAAAGAUCAUGUGAAACCCUGUUUACUGAAAGGCAAUAGUUUAUUUUCUAGCAAAGCAACAUUCAUUGAUCUAGCUGAAAUUAACAGUCUUAAUUUUGUCAUCACUUUAAAAAAAAAAAAAAAACACUUUGACUUUCAGAAAAAAAAUACAAAAAUAAUAUUUUGCUACCUUCCAAACAUUAACUUUGAUUUACUUUUGGAAGCUAAUGUGGUUGGUAUGUUUUCUCAGGAUAGCCUCUAUCUAUUUCUGUGUGUUGGUUUUAAAUGUAUCUGAAUUAAAAGGGGUUUUAAUCUCUGUCUCUUCUGUGAAAUUAGAUUGUACAAAACUAAAUAUGACUGCUCUUCAUAGUUUGCUGUUCUAGCAUAGCCAUAAAAUGUAUCAAUGUAUGUGUAUAUAUGAAUAAAUAUUUGAUGACAGACACUUUAGAUUAUAUAUUUAAGCAGCCAUGUCAAAACUUCAGAGGUAGAUGGCUUCAAAAGCAAUGGUAUAGUCAUAACACUUGCAAAUUAUUUUACAAAAUCAAACCAUGCCCUCAGCACAGAUCUUAUAUCCUUGCCAGUAGUCUGAAACCCACCUUUUCUUUAAAGACCCCUGCUAAGGUUUGUUUUGCCAUUGCUUCUUUAACCAGGACAUAUUUGAAUAAUGACAACUACCGUGUCUCCUGGGACAUGAACAUUGCUUCCCCCUGGGACUGCCUCACUCCCCAAAAUUAGUUUUCUUCACCUAAUACAUCUCCCAUACACGUCCCACUGCAUUUCCUUUUUGCCUGUUUGUAACGGUACUGUAGGAAUAUCCAUGGAAUAAAAAGCUUACCCUACUGAUUUGCAGUCCUGAGGGGAAUUUACAUUGGGCGUGAAGUUGUUAUUAUUUACUGGAAAGUGGUGUUAUCUUCUUUUCAUUAUUAUUACGAUCCUAUUCCUAUGAUACUAUGAUGUUUCAUGUAAAUUUUCAUGUGCUGGCAUGCCUACAAGUUAAUAGUGUAAUAGAAUGCUCAGCUCUCAGCAUUAGAGUGUUUUUAAGGUGAAUUGCAUCACAUAUGCCAUCUCUUUGCAGAAAGAAUAUGGGGUUUGGCACAACUACCUGCUGAGCAACAUAAUGAGAUUUUUGUACAAAGUACAAGUUAUUGAUUAUUAUUGUAUUUUAUUUUUCUAUGAUUUCCUAAGAGGCAUUAUCAGGUCUUACAGAUGGGGUAAGCCUGUUUAUUAAGAUAUUUAUUAGCAAAUAAAAGUUACAGUACUGGUGGUUA